GAUGUCCGUGAGGGACAUCAGUGCAUAUGUGAAAGAAAGCGGGCAUGAUCCCUGAGUACAUGGGUGUUCUGGAGUUUGGUCUGUACGUGUUUAAGUGAAUAAAAUGGAUAAAGACAACCUCACCGUGGUCCUGCAAGCUAAAGGAGAUCUCAGAUUGGAACAGCGUCCCAUUCCAGAACCAGGACCAAAUGAGGUGUUAAUUCAGAUGCAUUCUGUGGGCAUCUGUGGAUCAGACGUGCACUAUUGGCAGAACGGCCGCAUCGGGGACUUUGUGGUGAAACAGCCCAUGGUUUUGGGACAUGAAGCCUCUGGUCGUGUGGUGAAAGUGGGCUCUGCUGUGACGCACCUCAGAGCAGGGGACAGAGUUGCCGUUGAGCCUGGAGUUCCUCGUGAAGUAGAUGAGUUCUUUAAAUCUGGACACUACAAUCUGUCUCCCAGCAUAUUCUUCUGUGCCACUCCUCCAGAUGAUGGAAACCUAUGCAGAUACUACAAACACAAUGCAAACUUCUGCUACAAGCUUCCCGAUAAUGUGACCUAUGAGGAGGGAGCCCUGAUUGAACCCUUGUCAGUGGGCAUUCAUGCUUGCAGGCGGGCAGGAGUCACUCUUGGAAGCUCAGUGUUUGUCUGUGGUGCAGGACCAAUUGGGCUGGUAUCUUUGUUGGCGGCCAAAGCCAUGGGUGCUUCACAAGUAAUAAUAAGCGAUUUGUGUUCUGAUCGGCUUGCCAAGGCUAAAGAGAUCGGGGCAGAUUUCCUGCUUCAUGUGAAGAAAGAGGACGAACCAAAGGAGAUGGCCAAAAAAGUGGAGGGAAUGCUGGGUCGCAUGCCUCAAAUCAGCAUAGAAUGCACUGGAGUGCAGAGCAGCAUUCAAACAGCCAUCUAUGCGACCCGUUCGGGAGGAGUGGUGGUGCUGGUUGGGCUUGGUACAGAGAUGACCACUGUACCUCUUCUCAAUGCAGCUGUCAGAGAAGUUGACAUCAGAGGUGUAUUCCGCUACUGUAAUACCUGGCCGGUGGCCAUUUCUAUGUUGGCGUCUAAGAAGGUGAACGUCAAGCCCCUGGUCACCCACCGUUUCUCACUGGAGCAGGCUGUGGAGGCCUUUGAAACCACCCGCCAGGGACUAGGGGUUAAAGUCAUGUUAAAAUGUGACAAGAAUGACCAAAACCCAUGAGAUCUACUCUCAUGGACCCACACCUGAUUACUGCCUAGCAACAGUGGCUUGAAUAAAUUUGUUUGAUCCAGCUAAUUUUGCGAGUAACCUCAGGUACAACAGUCAUAGGAAUUAAGUGAUACUUCUUCACAGUGGAUCUAAUUGUUUAUAAUUCCAGUUGUAUUAUAACUUAAUGAAUAUGUAGCAUUUUACAUUAUUAAAGUGUUUAUAAACAAA